GACAAAUUCCUGUAUUUUAGAUCUUGAACUCGACUGACUCUAACAAAAGAAUUUCUCUGCCCCAAACCUUGAGAAUGCCGGAGACGACAAGAACCAGCAUCCGUCGAAAGGCGAAGAAUCACGUGCCACCCGAUGCUCUCCUUGAGAAAAAGAGAGCAACAGACCGCCAAUCUCAGAGAGUGGUCCGUGAGCGAACGAAGAAAUACAUCGCGCAUCUCGAGAAUAUGGUUGAAGUGCUGCAAAAGAACCAGCAGGAUGAACGGCUUCAACUCGUCACAGAUCGGUGCAACCGCUUGCUUGAGGAGAACGAACAGCUCAGACGCGCCAUCCUCAGCAUCAAAAGAGCUGUCCAAGGGGUAGAAGCUGAACAGCCGGAUUCAGUAAAUAAUAAGUUUACUGAGACUCAGAACGCUCUAGCAAGAUCAGAGACGAACAAUCUGCCCGCUUACACCAGCCUUUCCUUCUCUGAUGGCCAGGGCCAAUCACCCACCCAGCAAAUUUCGACGCCCGCAUCCAUGCCCAUUGCUUUGCCUUUCAGCUCCGUUCCCUCUCUUCCAAUUGGAUCUUCAGAUAGAGUAUUCUCCCCUCCCUCUUCUGAGAUCGAGGACCCACCACAUGUAUUCGUCGUCAUAAGCAACCUCCUCCGCCAAGCCGAAACAUGCAUCAUCCUCACCAUAGAUCUGGAUAAAGAUGUAGAUAUCGUUAUCAGAGCUAUUGCACACGGGUGGGCUCAUGUCGAGCAACAUUGCCAAUUGGACCCUGCAUGGCAAAUACUGCGGCGGAUUGACCAAGAGGUGAUGUUUUGUUGUGGAGCCGUGGAGCGACUCGCAAUACUGCGAGCUGUCAGGUUGAAACUCCUUCAGCAUAAAAUUAGUGCGAGCGAGCGACAAGUUCAGGCACAGCUUCCUCAAUAUAUGCAUUCCAGACCUCUUCAAGCGGCAAUGGACCACUUGAGUCUAAUUGAUUAUUUUGUCUGGCCUGAGCUGCGAGAAUACCUACUCCACAGCCCAAACAUCGACCUAUCGAACAAGACUGCUGCAACCUUUGCAACGUGCCUUCGAUUCCUCUGGCCUUUCGAACUAUCUGAUGCCUGGAUGCGAAAUACGGAAACGGGGUUGUAUUCCUUCUCGAAGUUGUUUGAGGAGAGUUUGAAUGAUGUUUCUAGUUGGGCCAUGGCGACUGAGUUUUUCGAGUCGUAUCCCCAUUUGAUGGGAUAUAUUCCUUCUUAUGACGCGGUAGAGGAUAAAACAUUCGGCUAGGAGGGCAAGAAAGGUAACCGGACGCCCAGGAACGACGGCAGAGACCAUAGGCAUUCUUCGAUAGGACGAACACUCAAUACUGGCACUCAAACUUCGCGUGGACACUGGUCAAAUUCG